CGCUCGAAUUUAACAAAGUGCCACCGUGUACCUAGGCGGUUUGCGUUUCGGGGCGGUGGUAGAUGAGCAAUUGAACAUACGCGAAUCUUUCAGUUUGUGAAAGACUUUCACUGUCGUGAAACCUGACUGUGACCUCAAAUUGUGCAGUGACUGUUGGUGAUAAUCAAGUGCAGUGAUGAGACCCCCAACGGAAUAUGAUGGAGGCGCGCGCCUGCCGGCCGAGGCCGAGGAGCCGGAUCCAAGGGCACCAGCCAUGAUGAUAUGUGCUAGAUUAGCAGGACGUGCUAUUAUAAGGGUUGUGGGAAGAUGCGAGGAUGCACAGGAAAAUAGUCAACUUGACUUGUCCGAGUGCCAGCUCAUGCAAGUUCCUGAUGCUGUAUACCAUCUCAUGCGACACACAGAACUCAAGAGCUGCGACCUUAGUGGAAAUGUUAUAACAAAAAUACCACCAAAGUUUGCUGUUAAAUUUAGUUUAAUCACAGAAUUAAACCUGUCAAACAAUCAAAUGGCGAAGCUACCUGAUGAACUGUGUACCCUGGCGUGCCUGCAACGGUUGGAUAUCUCACACAACACCUUUGUGGCUCUACCAAGCAUUGCAUGCCAGUGCCCCAGUUUGCACACACUCCUUGCUCACCACAAUCAAAUAAUUGAAGUAGAUGUCGACAGAUUAGCCAGAUCUCGAGCACUUGAAUAUGUAGAUCUCAGUGACAAUCCAAUCCCUCCUCGAACAUAUGACGAACUGAAGCAGCUGUCACGACCAUCAGUCACCGUUUCAGAGAGAGAAAAAGAGGACUGGGAAGAAGACCUCUUAAUUUAGAAUAUUGCUCUCAACAUACUCAUGCAUUCAGGCCAGAAAUUUGUGAUUGAAAGCAAGGCCUAUAUAAUAAAAGGGAUGGUGCAAUCUGAAGCUAAUUGAUUACGAAAAGCUGGCCUUAACUCAACUGUGAUUUAUCUCUGUGAAAAGAGGACAUUAUCAACAUGAUAUUGUGAAUUUGAUGUUUUGUGUAUAACUCUAUGAUAAUUAUUAUCAUAGUUGGAGGCAUGAGAAUGAAUUUAAUAACACAGAUGUGCUCAAAAUAUUUCAUGUACCUACUUAAUUAGAAUAAGAAAACAUUAUGCCACAUCCAAACUUAUACAAUUAAAUAUACUUCUGUGGCGUUUUGAUAUUAUUGAUCUAUUUAACAAUUACUUGACUAAAUUCUAUUGCUGAUUAUUUGGAUUAUAUGAAUAAUAAUAUAAAUAUUUUUGAUAUGUAAAAUGUUUGGAUGGUAUUAUGUUGACGUAUCUCAUUGUAUUGAAUACUAGUCCAUCAUUUAAUUAAGUGCAAUUUUUAUUAAUAAUUCCAACUAUAAGAAAAUAAUAUUAUUAGUAUUAUUUUUAAGUAAAGGAACACCUGGGCAGUAACACUUAAUAAUGUUUAGCAAAAACAGCAACAACAAAGGAUUGCAUUUCUGCUAAAAUAUUUUUAGCUGUUUUUAGUUGUUUCAGUAUAUUUUGACUACAAUAAAAUAUUUGUUGUGUCAUAAUUUACUAUGUGAUCAUUACUAUUGCCCAAAGACAAUGACUGAUGUUGUAAAUCCCUUUAUAUCAACAUGUUUCUAAUGUAUAAUUAAGAAAUAAGUCUUUGUGAUGUGUUUUAGAAACUAAAAUUUACUGUAAGUAAUUAAAAAACAUC